UGGACAGCUCAGGGGUACGGAAUUCCUCCACUCAGAGACAACAUGGCGACCUUGAUACGCAAAGUCCACCAGCUGAAGCUUUCAAAGGGUGUUGUUGGCCCCCUUAUAAACCAGGUGCGAUGUCUCAAUUUACAAGAGUUUCAAAGCAAAAAAUUGAUGGCCGAUAAUGGAAUCACAGUUCAACAGUUUGAAGUUGCAGACACCAAGCAGGAUGCGCCUUCCAUUGCGUCCAAGCUCAAUGUGAAAGAAUAUGUUGUUAAAGCUCAGAUUCUUGCUGGUGGCCGUGGGAAAGGAACUUUUGACACUGGUUUCAAGGGAGGCGUCCAUCUUACAAAAAACCCUUCUGAUGUCCAAGGCCUUGUUGAGAACAUGCUUGGGAACCGCUUGACCACUAAGCAAACUCCAAAGGAUGGUGUUCCUGUUACUAAGGUCAUGGUAGCUGAAGCUCUGGACAUUUCCAGAGAGACAUAUUUUGCCAUUCUCAUGGACAGAGGCUUUGGCGGUCCCGUCAUGGUGGGCAGCCCGAAGGGUGGGAUGGACAUUGAAGAGGUUGCUGAGAAAGAGCCAGAGGCCAUUUUUUCUGUACCGAUUGACAUCAACGUUGGACUCCAAGACCAGGUGGUGCUGGACAUGGCUAAAAACCUUGGGUUUACAGGAGAGAAGCAAAUUCAGGCAGCAGAACAGAUGCGCAAGUUGUAUGAGUUGUUUCUGAAAGUGGAUGCCACACAAAUUGAAAUCAACCCCUUUGGUGAAACAGAUGAUGGGAAAGUGGUGUGUUUUGACGCCAAGAUUAACUUUGACGACAACGCCCAGUUCCGCCAGAAGAACAUCUUUGCCCAGGACGACAUGGCGGAGAGCGACCCUCGGGAAGUGGAGGCGGCCAAACACAACCUCAACUACAUCGGCAUGGAUGGAAACAUCGCUUGUCUAGUCAAUGGCGCUGGUCUAGCCAUGGCAACCAUGGACAUCAUUCAGCUGCACGGCGGCUCCCCAGCCAACUUCCUGGAUGUGGGCGGUACCGUGACGGAGGACCAGGUCUACCACGCCUUCAAGCUCAUCUCAUCAGACGCACAGGUGAAAGCCAUCUUGGUCAACAUUUUCGGAGGAAUCGUCAACUGUGCCACUAUUGCAAGUGGCAUCACCAAUGCUUGCAAGUCUAUCAAUCUCAAGUUGCCUCUGAUUGUCAGAUUGGAAGGAACUAAUGUUGACGCAGCAAAGAAGAUCCUUGAAGAGAGCAACUUGCCGAUCCGCUCGGCCUCAGAUCUUGAUGAUGCGGCCAAGAAAGCCGUCUCAAGUCUGUCAUAAUGCACUGCCAAAGGUGUCUUCAGGGUCAUCGUCUACAUCCAGCCUGACAAGUGAUUCUGAAGAGAAUUAACUAAAGUUUGAAAGCUCUAUGUAAAAAAAAAAAAAGAAAUGUGUAUUUUUCCCCCCCUUUAUGCUCCUUUCGUGAUAUGUUCUUCUUUUGCUGGCGCUGGUUGCAGGUGGGUGAAUGCGGGACCAUUCAUAUGUUCUUCUUAGCCAGGUUUGAUUGAAGAUGAAUUUGAGUUGCUUUAAGUGGGAGAUGAAAAGCAUUCAACAGACCUUUGUGCCAUAUAAAGUAAGCAUGCUCUUCAUAUGAAAACGCGUUUAAAUAUGGCUCCUUUUGUGUUAUGGUGUCAAAGUGUAAGCCAAUAUUUCCUAGUCUCUGUAGUCCCCCACACUUGCUGAUGCUAAAGGGACAUUGAUAUACUUUAAAGUUACUUUCUACUUAAAAUAAUUGAGUGCAGUGCAAAUCGCAGGCACCGUAGUCGGAGUAUACUGCUACCAGAUCUUGUACUCCUGUGGUGUUGAAGAAAAUUUUGUCAAGUUUUUGACUGGGAAACAGAAAGAUAUUUUAUUGAACUACAAUGCAUACAUUUUAAGAUACUGUUACUGCAAAGAAAUAUUUUUGGAUGUGGUCUCAGUAGGUGUUCAGUUUGCCUAUUCUAAGGUCUUCUGGUGUUUUAUGAAUAAGGGAUUAUAAAACUGAAAGUGGCCUUAUAUCAUGCGUGAGUUUAUGCACUAAUGUAUAUUUGUAGCAAGUUUUAAAUUACCAGUAAAAACAGUCUGCUGAUAACAAUGUUUACAAGGACUGCACACUCCUAUUAUGCGUUUAAAACUAGAUACACAUAGAUGAGUUGGAAAGCUUCAUUGUGUCAACUACUUAUGUUCUGGAAGCUCUCCUCUGCUCAGGUAUGUGUGUUUUUAUCUCAUGUAGCUCUGUGCAGCUUCUCCUUGCAUAUUUUGCGAUAUUUAUGAAGGUAUUUCUUUUUAGGUCCUGACGUAUAAGUUUAUUUUUAGCGUUCCUCAUGGCAGAGCAGGGUCUUUUUGUUAUUCUUAGAAAUGUCACUCCACCAGUUUAAUCAUGUUUCACUAGAUGGUGCUCCAUUAGUCAGAUGGAGAAACAGAAUGAGUCAGCUUUUGAUGAUAGUGAUAUUUCAGCCAGAGGCUUGAGUGCAGAUUUCGUUAUAUAUCAUCAGUAGGUUUUUACUCAGUCAGAUGCAUGAAAAUUAGAAAAUAAAUCGUUUUUAAAAGUGGAAGUUAACAAAUACUUGUUGUGAAUGGUCUGUACAGUGGAAAAGAGUUCACGCUGGUGUAAGCGCUUUGUCACAAUGGUUGUUUUUUUUCUAGAUUGUCUAAUAUUGCUUUUGGUUUUGUUCCCCUCUUUUCUUAAAUAAUGUUGCACAAUACACUUGGUAAUGUUUAUUGAAAUGAAAACAGAUCUGAAGACAUCAUUACACACUGACAUGGCAUACUGGCUGCUCAGUGCUCAACAUUUCAGUCACAGACUCUACAAGAAUAUUAUCAACUGUUUCGACAGAUUCGAGACAGACUGCUUAUCAAACAGACAAGAAAUACGUUAUCACCAACACAUUAAAUGUCAACAGUGCACAACGAAAUCAUGAGUUCUAGUCAUCUCCUUCACAUCAUGACGGACUUCUACUUGUCUUCAGCUCUUUGUAGAAGAUUUUUUGCCCCUAAGUGCUGGGGAUUCCACUUUGUGGAUUUACUUGAAUGGCGUUCGAAUGAAGUACCUUUAUAAUGUCUUUUAACAGGUAUACUUAACCUUACUGUCUUUAGUAUGCUACUGAAUAAAUAAUCAGAAUUUGUUCUCUUUCUUAGUUUUCUAAUGCCUUUUUUAAUGUUUAGCCCUGUCGUUGAAAUGGAAACCAAAUGUAUGAGAUUUUAUUUCUACUGUAAUGUUUUCAGGAGCAUGUUAUUUGUAUCUUCAAUUGCAGUUUACUGCGGUUUUGUGAUUUUGUCUUGUUGAUGUCUACUUAACCCUUUCAAUGAAAGUUGCCAUUUUAAAAAAAAUGUAUGGCAUUCUUGAUGUCUACCGUAACUGGCAGUCAGAGAUUGAUGAUGCACUUUACUGUUCCUCCUCGUUCAAGGCGGAUGGUUUCUGUUAUUUUGUUGACACUACUUUCACUUCUGCUGUAGUCGUAUCUUCAUGUGCAGAAGAAACUACAGUUGAUCGACCUGAAACAUAAAAAAAAUUAUCCUUCUCGUUUUGGCUAACAGCUGUCAGAAUAGGCCCAGUCCUAGGACUGAUUAUAUACUUCAAGACAAUAAGGGAGUGAUAUGGAUCUAAUACUGAAAGUACGAAUGUCACUUCAAAGGCCACUGGCGCUUUCAAAACGCCCCAAAUCGUUAAUAAGGAGUAAAAAAACAUAAGUACAUGUACUUCGUCUAUGAAAGGGGCAUUUAAUUUCUUGUCUAGUUAUGUUGUGGAUUGCUUUGACUGGAUAAGAAACAUUUGUUCACAUGUCACUUAUAGUGAGUCACAGUAGUUCAUCUUUGUUUCAAGAUUAUUUGAUGUUAAAGAAUUUUGUAACCAGCGUCUGUGAUUUAAUGGUUUGGCUCUUUGCCGUUGAGCACUGAAUAUAUGAGAGUUUGAUUCCUACCUGGGAAAUUUAUUUGAUUAAGGCAAAGUGUCUCAAUCUGCAAUUUCAAUCAAUCAAGACUUUUGAACGACAACAAGUCUGGGGUAUAUUGGAAAACAUACUCAGACAGGGUAUUUGUGUAUGUGUAUUUCAUUCUAUUCAAAAUAUUUUUACUUAAACUUUACUUGAGUUUUCAAAAGCAAAAUAAUAUUGUGUAUUAUACCACCCUCCAGUUUUAUUGUAGCUUUGGAAGGAAAAUUAAUUUCCUGCUUUACAACUGAAAAUGUUUGUGGGUUUUUUAAUGGCAAAAAUGUCUGAAUUUCUUGGCCCCUCAGGAGAAGAAUUCUGCUUCCUUUAUGAGUCAAUCACUGCUGAGCAAAGUAUGGAUGACAUUGAUUCGCCGGUUAAAAAGAUAUUUGAGGAUAAGUUGCGCCUCGAAUUUUUGACUGGACUCUGAAGUCGAUUUAUAUUACACCAUAAUAAUAUCAGAUGACCACAGGAAGAAAUGAAGCACAGUACUGUUUUGUUGUUUCCUGACCACUUCGAGCUAACAACACAAAGUGGGUGCUGUCCCUUUGUCUUAUCCUUGGGGGGAAAAUUGCAACGAAUAGAACAGGAGGACAUGUGUUAAAGCCCUGAAUUCAUUCUGUUGUUGAAAGGGUUAGUUAAAGACUUCUGCAGGACUACCGUUCCAUCAGUUCAGGAUUAUAACAGUAAUAAUGUGGAAGUAGCGCCUGCGAAUAGUCUGUAAGGAAAUUAUAAUGAUGUUCUUGGAAGUGUCCAGGUGAACUUAGAAAUUGUAUUUUAUGUUGUGUGCAUUUAUAGAUCUUGAGGGAUCCUAAAGAUAAACGUUUUGUGUCUACUAAUACAAACAUAUUUGUUCUUUUAGUGCAGCUGUGAUGUUGUAUCAAGAAGCACUAAAGUGUAUAUUCAACAUUGUACUGUUGUGGCAAAGCCUUCAGUAUAAAAAUUGCUCAUAAUAAUAAGUCAUAGCUUUACUAUGGUCCCCUGAGUGUAACCAGUUCCAAUUUAUGUGAAUCUAACGUGAAACAAAAAUAAUUAUUACGAAUGUAUUGUUUGUAUGUUUGGGGAAUUGUUUAAGUAUGACUUAAUCAUCUGGGUUUGUGUUCAGUGACUGAUGACGCAAGCAGAAAUAAACAAUGAAUUAUGUACUGGUC